AUGGGAAAGUCGAAAGGUGGAAUUGCAAAGGGAGGCAAGGGGCAAUGCCCAGAGGCGUAUCAGAGGAUGAAUUUCCUAUAUCAGGCGGCUGUCCUGAUGACUCGGACAUAUAUGGAAGAGAAACAACAGCAGGAGAAGCGGCACGAGGAAAGCAAAAUGGAUGGACAGGAAGAGAAAGAUGCCAUUGGCGAUAAGGAAGAGAAAGUCGAGUCACUUGUAUCGUUGGGAAGAUUCUACACUAGCACGAUGAAAAGCAUUGGACGAAAGCAAGUUCUUAGGAUAUCCUUCGAUAAAGCGCAGUCUUUGCCAAAAAUGUGA